UAAUAUUUAAUAUUCAUUUUUAAAUUUAAGGCAGUGGUGGCAGCCAUAUGAGCUGCGACAAGAAGCUCUGAUUGAAGAUCGGAGAACAAUGGAGAUCCUCCCCUUUUUUUGAACCACCUACUUCUUUGAUUAAUCACUUCUCACCUUUCGCGUCUCCUAUUUGAUACAGUAAGUAUUCAAAUUUGAUGCUGUGUGUACUGUUUCACGCUGUAAACCAAUGCGAUGAUUCAGGGUUCGUGAACUUUCCGUCAACGUCGCUAAAUUGCCGUCGGAACUUGACGUCAACGUCGACGAACUUGUCGCAAAUCAAAGCAAAGGAGUCUCCUCGAAUGUCUUCGUUAAAAUCCGGUAUUGAAGUCAAAUCGAAUGAAAGUGGUAUCAUCAACAAUUCGGAUGAUUCGAAUGGUAUGAUUCGUCAUGAAAUCUCAACGAAGGGAAAGCGAUCCACGAAUAUCGUUUGGCAUAAAUGUUCUGUAGAGAAAAUCGAUAGACAGGAGUUGCUUCAGCAAAAAGGUUGCGUCAUUUGGAUUACUGGCCUCAGUGGUUCAGGAAAAAGCACCUUGGCUUGUGCAUUAACACGAGCUUUGCAUUCACAAGGGAAGCUGACAUACGUCCUUGAUGGUGAUAAUGUCAGGCAUGGUCUUAAUCGUGAUCUUACUUUCAAACCCGAAGAUCGUGCUGAGAAUAUUCGAAGAAUUGGAGAAGUUGCAAAACUCUUCUCUGAUGCUGGAAUCAUCUGCAUAGCGAGUGUCAUAUCUCCCUACAGGAAAGAUCGUGAUGCUAUUCGAUCAUUACUCCCAGAUGGCGAUUUCAUUGAGGUUUUCAUGGAUAUGCCUUUACGGAUUUGUGAGGCUAGAGAUCCAAAGGGUUUAUACAAGCUUGCAAGAGCUGGAAAGAUUAAAGGGUUUACUGGGGUUGAUGAUCCAUAUGAGCCACCACUAAAUUCAGAGAUAGUGUUGGAAUAUGAAGGAGAUGUGUGUCCUUCACCUGAGGUUAUGGCUGAUAAAGUGAUUUGUUAUCUGGAUGCAAAAGGGUAUUUGAGGGCAUAAUAAUAUUAAUAAUAUUUGAAAUUAUAUUUAUGAAUAAAUUAAGUCAUUUCCAGGAAAUUACUCGUUUCCUGGUUCUUUUUUCUUUUUAAUUAAUUUGUUAAUUGUUGCAAAUAUAUGAUAUAUGUUGGUUUAGGGAAUUUGGUGAAUUUAGGGUUUUUAUGUGAAUGAUUGUUGUGUAUUUAUACUUUAUAGUGAUUAAGAUAGAAAUGAAUAGGUGAAAAUAUGGAUUAGGGUUUGGUAAUGUUAUAAGU